AAAAGUUUGGCUUUAGGGCAACUGUGAGUUAAUUUGGCUUUAACCUAUGUAUUGUAUUUCCCAAGCAUUUGAGCUUAUUUUGGGUCUGAUUAAGAUAUUUGAUAAAUAGCAAUAAAACGCAGCCACUAAUAGAUUUCUGAAAAUACAUUAAUUGCUACGACAAACAACAAACCCUAGCAGAUUAUGGUCCGGGGUCUCCCUCUUCCAUACAGGCUCCACUGUCCCUUCAUUGGCCCUGUGUCGUGCAUCCACUCGAUAAACAGAAGUAGUUAACCAGAGAACGGCCUGGAAAAUGGCGGCUGGAGGAACUGCGGCAAGCAGUCACAGUAGCCGUGGUUCGGCUGCUGCGCUCGAAUCAUCUUUAGACCGUCGUUUUCAAGUAGUAACCAGUACUAUGGAGUCAAUACAAGGAUUAUCUACAUGGUGCAUCGACAACAAGAAGUACCAUAACAAUAUCGUACGUGCUUGGUUGAAAUGGAUCAAAAAAUCUGAUUCCACUCACCAGCUUAACCUCUUCUACCUGGCCAAUGAUGUGAUCCAGAACUGCAAGAGGAAAAAUGCCAUUGUCUACCGCACUUCCUUUACUACUGUGCUGCCUGAUGCCAUGGAGAUCUUUAAUGCUGUGGAUGACCCCAAGGUCCACAGGGCGGUGGAGAGAACGCUGACCAUCUGGGAGGAGCGGAACGUCUACUCCGAGGAUUUCAUCACCAAGCUCAGGACUGCUGUGCAGGAGAAGGAGCCUCCUGAGGAGGCAGCGGUCUCGACUCCUGUCGCACCCCCCACCACUGCCGCCCCCAUAAUCACUGCUGCGCAGAAGUCCAGGAUAGUUGCAGAGUUUGUGUCCCAGUCCUUCAUGCAGAAGUUACAGAAGCACAGUUCCUCUGUGGAUGAGGUGGACCUCCGGGAGAAGCAGCUAGCUGCCAUGAGGGUGGACGUGUGCAGUUCAGAGGCCCUGAAGAAGCUGAAAGAUAAAGCGGGGGGUAAGAAGUUUGCCAAGGACUUUGAAGAAGGCAGUGCUAAGCUGCAGGAGUAUGUGUCCGUACUGGAUGGGCAGGUGAAGAAGGGCCCAGCCCUGCUGGAGGCCCUGCAGAAUGCAGACAUCUUCUAUGAGAUGCAGUACAAGGAGGUCAAAAUAGUCACCAAAGCCUAUGAAACCUUUGCCAACCGGGUGACUCACCUGAAGCGAAAACUGGACACCCUGAAAACCAGCCUCCCCUCCCUCGAUGACUCGCCAGUCCCCUCCCCUUGUGCGGAUGCACCUUCCCCGACCGGCUCGGAAUCCCCCUUCCGCAGCCUCGCUCCUCCCGACCCCGACUUGGACGGCGCUGCCAUGGACGACGACCCCGAACCCUUCAUCUACCUGGGAGACGCCCCCAGCCCCCUGUCCUCUGCGGGGGGAUCCCCAAAACCAGGUGUGGCAGUCGGGCAGACGGACAAUCGAGAGGAGGAGGACAUGGACAUGGACCUAUCCGAUGUGGAGGAGACUGAGGGUGGAGGCAUCAUAGUAGACGAGCAAGUGAAAACACCCAUCGUCCCUGUGGUGUCCAAUCCUGCCCCAGCACCUAUUGCCACUCAACCUGCACCAGCCAAUGAGGCUGCACCAGUAAAGCAGACCACUACUCCAUCUGAGACUGCUGCGGCUGCUACCACCGUUGCCCCAGUGGCACAGACGAUCCCACCAAAUCUGGCCAACGUUGACCUUGGGAAGAUCAGCUCCAUUCUUAACUCCAUCAUGAAGAACACAGCAGCGAGCUCAGGCUCUCGACCCUCCAGUGAGUCGCCAGUUGCCACCAACCCCCCGGCACCAUCUCUGAAGAGCCCAGCACCGCCCCCCCAGAGCUCUAGCUCUCUGGCCAGCAUUCUCUCCAAAGUAGACACCAAGACCAUCCUCAGUGCUCUCUCCAGAACUCAAGGACAGACCGGAGGACUGCAGGGCUUCUCCUCCAUUCUGAAUAGUCAAACCACAGCCAGUCCUCCUACAAACACAGAACUGCCCAAUAUCUCUUUUCCGGCACCUUCUAAUGAUCCAGUCCCUACCACCCUCAAUGCAACCUCCUCCCUGGCACCAUCUCCAAUAGGAAACAGCUCCAACCUGCAAGAGACCGGUCCUUCCUCCUUCGUGCCUUCACAAGCUCGUAGUAAUAUACAGGGCAGGCCACUUCCAGAGAACCCUGGUAUUCAAGAACCCUUGGCUCCUUUGUCUUCUAAUCUUGACUCAAGGCUUCACAACUUUUUCCAGGGGAACCAGGGCUUGCGUGACUAUGGCUUGGGCUUCAACUCAGAGCCUCCUAGUCAAAGGGGCAGUUCUAUACUCACUGUUCCUUCAGGACAGGUUCCUGUUAGCAACAGCCCUUCUUUGGGGCAAGAGAACUUGGAUGGCACCCCUGUAAGGGAUGAGUCUGGGGGCACUCCCACUCAAGAUGAAGUCACAGAUGACGAAGGGAAUGUACUGUCCAUGUUCCAGGGUGGAGCUCCAAAAACCGGCAUGAACAAUCCUGCUUCAACCUUAGGGUCCAGCCAUGCCUCUUCUGCAUACGAUAAUGAAUUUAGGAGAGAUUUAAAUACCCAGUCGUCAUUGUAUGGAACUUCAAAUGGCAGACAGUUCCGUCAGGUUGGCUACAAUGGGAUGGGCAAACUGAGUGGACCCUCUGGUUCUGAACUUGCAGUGGAUCGGUACCAAACCCAUGUCCCCAACACAGUUCCUGGUGGCAGGCUACCACCCAUCAAUCAGGUGGGUCCUACUGAGUCAAGACUUGGCCCAAACAUGGAAAAGGGUGGUUGGUACGGCCAGCCUUACAUGGACGAGCACAGUGACUCAAACCCGGCCACGUCAUUGAACUAUGGGGAGGAGCGACGAGAUCCUGAAGCCCUCCACCAAUCUACAUCUCUCCCUCCCCCUAACUUUUUCAACACACCUUUGCCACCCAUCCCGCAACUCCCUCCCCCACCGAAGGAGCUCUUGUCAGACCCCCCUGAAACAUCCAACCGCCCUGAUGAGUAUGAUCCAUCGCACUUUGACCCUGUUCGAGAGGACCUACUUCUGCCAUACCCUGAGCCCGAGGAGAUGGGGCACCCAGGCGAACCCCCAUUCUCCCAUCCACAUCCACAUUCGUAUCCCCAUCCCCAUCCCCGGCCACCAGGACCUGGACUCGGUGGGUGCCCCAGACCGCCCCUGCAUCACCCUCGUGCCCCUCUUCAUCACCUUCCUCGCCGAGCCAUCUCCCCCCCACGAGGCCCCAUGGGCGACUAUCAUGACUCUCACAGCCCCCAACCUGCUCCUGUUAGGCAGGGUUACUACGAAGACCGCAGCCCCUCCCCUCCUCCAUUUGAGGACCCCUACUUUGACCGCUAUUACGAUCAAGAAGCCCGGAGCCCUUCUCCACCUCCUUACCCGUACCGACGACCCCUGUCUCCACGUGCCCACCCACCUGACUACGAUGUCUAUGACCUCCAACCCCCUGAGCACCGGCAUCCCCCACAUCCCUUCCAUCCUGGUCCUCCACGUCCAAUGGCCCCCACUGACUUCUUUCCUCAGAGGCCUAUGGGGCCUAGGCGGCCCAUGCACCCGCGACCACCGCACCAUCCUCACGACCCCUACCGCCUGCCCAUGAAACGCCCAGGUCCUCCCUUUGGGGGUCCUCCAAGAAUGGGUGGUCCGUUUUACCCUCCAAAGAGACCCUUCUUGCCCCCUCGCUAUUGACUUUGCUGAGGAAGUGUGUCAGUGGUCGGACGAUCACACACUUGGUGAACUCAUGUCCUGUUCAAAGUAGCUACGUGUCAUUCUGCCUGUAGCUACUGGAAGAGGAUCAGUUGUGUUGAUUUGAAGCUCUAUGAAACUUGUUCGCCUCCUUGAUCUUGCUCAGUCAGUAAGAGGGACCAUAUACAAUGUCUGUCCAUACACAGACAAACACACACACUAGAGUGUGCUGGAGGCUGGCUUACAGACAUGGAAUCUCCUGGUCACACACUGCUAGUCUCAGAGCCCAAGCCAUCUGCAAGCAUUCAUCUGUGCUACCUGGUAGACGUACCUUCUGAUGAAGAUGAGGGAGGGAGAAUAUCUGAAGAUGAUGAAGGUUCGGGAGGAGUGGAAAGAUGGUGUGGAGGCAGAGAGACGAGAUGGGCCCUCAAGAUAAAGACAGAAGAUGAGAGGUGGUUAUUAUUUUCUGUUUGAUAUUCAUGUUGUUUUGCAAAAGCAUCUCACAGUUUCAUGCCCUUUCUGUACCGAAAGGGUCGCUGUGCAUGGUUUCUCAACUGCAUGUAUUUCAAAACCGUGAAAACCUUUCAGGACCGUCUAGACUUAUGCCAUUAAAUAUGUGUAACCCGCACAUAUCUAUUCCAGCUAUUUGAGAUGGCUUUCAGGUAACCUCCCUUCAGUCGAUACAUACAUUUAUUCAUGUAUGUGGACUGAAGAAGAAUGUUGUUUCCAGUUAAAAUGUAUUAUUUUUGUAAAGGUAGUUCAGCCAUUAUUAGUGACAGAAUGUAGUUUGAGGCCCAAGAAAUGUUUAAGGAUUAAAGAAAAUGUUAAGAUGUAAAUAUAGCCGUCCGACUGCCUCCCUCAAGUUUUUUUGUUAGUUUUUACCUCCAUGCGAAAUGCCAGCUAACCCUGGAAGAGAGUAGCCUAUUUUGCGUAAUUGAGUUGGCAGGACAGGGAAGGGAAGGGCAGGUGCGAAGAAGACAAAGAAGAAAUUUCACCCGAAUCCACUGCACUGCUGAAGAGAACGGUGUCCGAAGAGUGUUGGCUGGAGUCUUGCUUUUUAUUUGCUCUGACUUUAAUAAAGACCUGCUUUUGGAACAAA